CGGUUUUGUUUGAUAUCGGGACUGAAUGCGGUCGUUAAUGUUAUUCGACGGUUGAUAAGUUUGCUCGCGGGAAGCUAACUUUGAUUUUGUUGACUAAACUUUUGAGAACAGUGAGGCGCUAGCUUAACGCUCCUGUCAAUGUUGUGAGCGUCACGGAUGGCUAAUUCGCCGCUCCGCUCAUUCAUUUAGUCUCUUUUGAUUAUCUUAAACGGGUUCUUAAAAGACAUAAUCGUGCGUCUGUGUGAGCUGUGGGGUUUUAUCGUGACUUGUUCCCAGGGAUGGCCACCGCGCCUCAGUCCUCGCUUCAUAUGAGGUCGGCGGAUCUCAUCGUUAAGGAGCCUCUGGACUACGGAGGCUUUGGAGAGGUUUACCUGUGCUACCACGUAACCCUGGGUCAUGUGGUGUUGAAGACUAUGUACACAGGCCCUCUUCGCAGCGAGGACAGUAAAAGGUCACUGCUGGAGGAGGGGAGCAUCAUGGCGAGCCUGAACCAUGAGCGAGUGGUCAAGCUGCUGGGCGUGAUCAUGGAGGACAGAGACUGCUCUCUAGUCAUGGAACUCAUCCCCAGAGGCAACCUGUUGGUCAUGCUAGAAACGGUCAAUGUGCCAGUAUCUGUGAAGGGAAGAAUCAUCUUAGAGAUUCUGGAAGGGAUGGUGUACCUCACAGAAAAACGUGUUCUACACAAGGACAUCAAGCCAGAAAACAUUUUGGUGGAUAAGGAUUUUCACAUCAAGAUCGCUGACCUCGGCCUGGCCACCUGCCAGACGUGGAGCAAACUCACAAAACAGGAGUCGCGCAGGAAGAGCGGCAGGGGCCGAUCGACUGGGGCGCGAGGGGCUGGCACGCUGAGCUACAUGGCUCCAGAGCACCUGGAGAGCAUACACACAAUCUCCACCGAGAAGUCCGACGUGUACAGCUUUGCGAUCGUGGUUUGGGUCAUUCUCACAGGGGACGAACCAUAUGCAAACGCCAGGAGCGAAGACCAGAUCAGCCAGUGUGUUCGUAACGGUGACCGGCCAGCAGAAGAACUCAUCCCAGAGGACACGCCCGCGGAGAUAAUUGAGCUCAUGAGGAGAUGCUGGGACCAGAAUCCUGAGCAGCGACCAACAUUUAAAGAGGGCUACAACUGCUUCCUCCCUUUCUACACGGAGAAGCUUGAGCCACACGUUGAGGAAGAUCUACUGAAUCUGAGGACGUUAUACGAAGGCCCAGAGGAACUUGUUGAGAAGAUGAAAUCUCUGUCAAUGAGCCCUGAUUGUUUUUCACCCAGUGAGCACGAUUCUCCAGCUCCUCUGUUGAGUUCUGACAGAAACGUCUCUGUGCCAGUUGAAGCCAGUAUUGAAGACCUGCACCAGAACCACUACGAACCGUCUGUGGAGUCUAUUCAGACGGACGCAAAGGCAACCAGCGUCCCUUCGGCUCUGGAGGAGAAACUGGAUCGGGAGCUUCAGUACCACAAACACGGGAGCUAUAAUUGUGAGAACCAGCCCCACGAUGCCAACUUCCUCUACAACAACAACUACUCCAAUCCUUUCCUGCAAAACCCCUCCAGCACUUCGGAUCAUGCAAUAAGGCAACCAGAACAGGAGAGAUCGUCUGUCUUUUCUUGGACAAAAGCUGAGCCAGUGCAGCCCACCAGCCAGGAAGAGGUUGGGUAUCGCCCCAAUGCGGGUCUUUAUGAGUCCAUGAGCUCCUCCAUCUCGACAUCAUCCCACUUGCCUAUGUCUGCCAGCACAUCCUCUCUGCCACAGUUAAACCAGCAACAGCCACAUUCCCACUUCGACCGCCAGCAGUCCUGGCCAACUUACCCAGUGUACGAUACCUCCGCCCCUGACGCCACCACUGGCCGUCUCCUGAACCCCUCAAAGUGUGGCUCUUCCCAGGAUCCAGGUUCUCUUUACAUUCACAACGCCAGCGGGAUCCAGAUCGGAAGCAACAACACGAUGAGCAUCAGAGGUUUUGACACUUCUCUUAGCUCAUCAUCUAUAUCUACUACUGGCCAAGCGAGCUCUCCCAUCAAAGAAGGCAUUUUGAAAUAUGAUGACCACGCUGUGACUGAGGAGCACCUGGAUCUGCUGAGGGAUAACAUCGGCUCCAAAUGGAAGCGCUGUGCGCGACGCCUGGGCCUGAGCGGUGUGGAAAUAGAGACCAUAGAGCACGACUACUACCGGGACGGCCUGCCGGAGAUGGUGCACCAGAUGCUCGAGCGCUGGAAGAUGAAGGAGGGAUGCAUCGGCUGUACUAUCGGGAAGCUCUGUCGAGCUCUAGAAGGAAACAUAAAGGUAGACGUCAUCCAGAAGAUACUGGACAUCUGCAGUUCUUCUUCUCUCCAGAUGUCAUAAGCUUUUCAUAAACUCACCAGAUUUGCCAUAUUGACUCUAUGGCAGCCGUAUUUUCUGAACUGUGAUUAAGGGCUCUGGGGGUCAGUUUAACCAAAGGUGAAGGUUUAAGAAAAGAAAAAGAAAUCUAAAAUGUUUAGGUUUUGGUUUUAUAUGCUCUCGCUCCGCAGUGUUGUCGUCCUCUCACAAUAAUUUCAUAUAACUGACUCGGAUGUUGUAGAAAACGCAACAGCUCCAAUCAACGACAAUCCCUGAAAAUAAAUCCGUUGGUUUCUUGUGAUAAUCAUAAAAUUUCCUGUCAAACAUUUACAUGUGGACGUUGUACUGGUGAAUUACUGAACACUGUCUAGUAGUCACUUGUUUCCAUCCGUUACCUUUUACCUUAAAUCACUGACCGCACGACUUUCCUGUCAAGCAAACGUAGACACGGUUUGGGUUCUUCUGAUCAUGGAAUUUCAAAAUCAGUGUGUAUUUUUGUAAUUUGCCUCACCAAUAAAAGGUUGUUGUUUUUAUUCAUAUCAGUAUCAAAUCAAACCAAGAAUUAUUACCAAGAAUAAAAGUGAUGUUUUUUUAAAUAACGUUUAAUAAAAUUGUACUCUGUGCUGGUGUUAUGAAAAAAGCCAUUUAGUUUGUGCGUAGUUACUGUACCAGCGUGAUGAGCCCGUAUCUGGAGACGACCGAAUGGUGUGUGUGGUAAACAUUCAUUUCAGGAGCCUGAAAGGAGCUGAAGACAGACCAGAAUGCAGAUUGUACAGAAGGAUACGUCCUUAAUAUUGUCUGCAGUUAUGACUCUUGAAUUUCAGACCUGCUGCAGGUUGUCUGCUUCCAUGAAUGUCAUUGGCUUUGUUGGCUGGUUGUGUCCGGUAUGUGGACUUAACGGGAAUGAAAUCAAAUCUUUAAUGAGUUGUUGUACUGUAACGUGUCAAGCAUUCUGGAUAAGAAGCUCCUUUUGUCCCCAUUCUGAUCAUUACAAAAUGCUGUAAUGAGUUUUUCCACAGCUCGGUCCUCUGAAAUGCUAUUUUUACAUUCAGAAUAAACUGUACAUAUGUUUCUAAAA